CAUCUGCAUCAUUCUAACCAAAGCAGGCCGAGGCUGAAAAAGCCGCUCAAGAAGCCCGCGAACGUCGAGAGAGGGAGCAACUACGCGAACGCGAUGUUGAAAGUAUUAGGCAGCGGGAGCGCAACGAUCGCGGCCGUGGUAGAGGACAAGACAGUUCACGAAGAGGUUCUCGGUCACCACCACGCCGACGCGAAGGCAUCGACACAUACAUUCCUCCCACACGUCAAAGAUUCCGCGACGGUCGCAGAGACCAUCGUUCGCCAUCCCCACCUCAUAGGCAGCGAGAUAGGUCCCAUUCACGUGACCGCGUUCGACGAGAACAAUCAGUCACGCGGGCUACAUCGAGCGUGUCUAAGUCUCGCUCCAGAGAACCCGCUGCACCACCGGCAUCGUGGCGGCGGGACCGGAGAGAGCGAAGCAGCUCCAGAUAUCGCGCCGCUGAUCGCUACAGAUCACCCACCCCUCCUAGAAGACCGCGCUCACGUUCUCCCAGAAGACGCCGCCAUCGUUCCUAUUCACCCAGCCGAAGCCCACCACCACGAUCUCGAAAGCAUCGACGACGGGACUUAUCUCCCUCUCCGAGUCUAUCUCUUUCGCGGUCUCGCUCGAGGAGUCCACCACGCAAACGCCGCGCAAGAUCAUUCUCCAGAACACCCUCUGACGUACCUAGUACAAGUAACGGAGAUGCACGUGCUGAUAUUCGCAAAGGUCGAGACCGAGAUCGACCACGGAAGCAGAGGCGAGGUUCCUCUUCCCGUUCCCCUUCUAUUAGCCAAAGUCGCUCUCCAAGCCCCACCAGGCAUAAACUGCCGCGACGACACCGAGAUCGAAGUGACAGCCGGAGCCCACGCCGAAGAGACAGGAUCGGAAAUCGCAAACGACAACGCUCGAUGGAACACUAUGAGCCACGCCACAAGAGACGACGAAACACAUCAUCGCCGGAACCGGAAGAUCGAGGACAUAAGCGCAACAUCAGUGACGCUCGCGGUGGUGCUGAAGAGGUUGGUGACGAAUCGCCUUGAAGAUGCCGUUGCUCGUCACAUAGUGUAACGCAUAAAUCCCCUAACUGCACCUCGGCGUCAAUAUACCCAAUGCCUGCCCAGCUAAGUCAAGAGUAGCCACACUAUAGCAACCACACCAGCACUGUAUAAUAUCAGCCCCUGAAUCCAUAGUCCAGAGCAAAUCCACCAUUUCUAUCACCGCUGAGCCAUAGGGCAAAUCUAAUGA